AUGGCCUCCGCUGCAGGCGCGAAAAUCGUCGACGGCACUGCCGUUGCAAAGUCGAUCCGCGAUGAGGUCGCCGCGCGGAUCCGCGCUCUGCAGGCCCAGCACCCUCGCUUCCAGCCACAGCUCGCCAUCAUCCAGGCUGGUGCGCGCCCAGAUUCGGCGGUGUAUGUGCGCAUGAAAGCAAAGGCCGCAGAGGAGGUCGGGAUCAAGUUCAAGCACGUCAGCAUCCCUGCCGAAUCCGAGGUCGAUGAGGUUGUCGACAUCGUGAAGAAGCUGAAUGACGACCACAGCAUCAGCGGGAUUUUGGUCCAACUUCCACUCGGCGCGCACGUUGGUGCAGACGGUGAGCGGACCGUCACGGAGGCCGUCAGCCCAGAGAAGGACGUUGAUGGGUUCCACGCCUACAAUAUUGGACACCUCUCUUCUCGCGCGUCCGACCCACUGUUCACCCCAUGCACUCCCACGGGCGUGAUUCGGCUUCUGGAGUCUACUGGUGUUUCUAUUGCUGGCUCACAGGCGGUCGUCCUUGGACGUAGCGAUAUCGUUGGGAGCCCCGUCGCGGCCAUGCUUAGGAACCGGGACGCUACUGUCACUCAGUGCCAUAGCCGCACGAAGAACCUACCGGAAAUUGUGAAGAAUGCGGACAUCCUCGUUUCUGCCAUUGGCAAGGCCGAGUUCGUGCAAGGCUCGUGGCUGAAGCCAGGCGCCGUGGUGAUCGACGUUGGCACGAACUACAUCCCAGACGCCACGAAGAAGUCCGGUCAGCGCCUCGUCGGUGAUGUCGACUUCGCUUCCGCGUCCGCUGUCGCGUCGUACAUAACCCCUGUGCCUGGAGGCGUAGGCCCAAUGACGGUCGCGAUGUUGAUGGCGAAUACUCUUCGUUCGGCCGAGCGUCUCUGGCAGACGGAGCGCGACCUUAAGUUGAAGCCCUUGAAGCUCGAGAUUCUUCCAAAGGUUCCGAGCGACAUCGAAAUCGCUAUGGCCCAGACGCCGAAGCCGGUCACCCAGCUUGCGUACGAGAUCGGUCUGCAACCCGAUGAGCUUGAGAGUUACGGCAAGUACAAGGCAAAGGUAGAACUGAGCGUGCUGGACCGCUUGGCCCACCGCAAGGAUGGCAAGUACAUCUGUAUCUCCGGUAUCACGCCAACACCGCUGGGCGAGGGUAAGUCCACCACGACCAUUGGUCUGGCGCAGGCCCUUGGAGCGCACCUUGGUCGUCCGGCGUUUGCUUGCGUCCGGCAGCCCAGUCAAGGUCCCACGUUUGGUAUCAAGGGCGGCGCAGCUGGUGGAGGUUACAGCCAGGUCAUCCCGAUGGACGAGUUCAACCUGCAUUUGACUGGUGAUAUUCACGCUGUUACCGCUGCGAACAACUUGCUGGCUGCCGCACUGGACGCUCGUAUGUUUCACGAGGCGACCCAGUCUGACAAGGGUCUGUACAACCGCCUUGUUCCGGCCAAGAAGGGCAAGCGUGAAUUCGCACCGCUCAUGUUCAAGCGUCUGAAGAAGCUCGGUAUCGACAAGACGAAUCCGGAUGACCUCACGCCGGAGGAAAUCAACCGCUUCGCACGUCUUGAUGUCGACCCCGACACCAUUACCUGGAACCGUGUCCUCGAUGUCAAUGACCGUUUCCUCCGGAAGAUCACCGUCGGCCAGGCUCCGAGUGAGCAGGGCCAUGAGCGUGUCACUGGUUUCGAUAUUUCCGUCGCCAGUGAGUGCAUGGCAGUGCUAGCGCUGACCACGAGCCUUGAGGAUAUGCGCGAGCGACUCGGUGCGAUGGUCGUCGCGACCAGCAAGCGCGGAGAGCCUGUCACUGCUGAUGACAUUGGUGUCGGCGGUGCUCUCGCUGUCCUCAUGAAGGAUGCUAUCAAGCCGAACCUGAUGCAGACCUUGGAGGGUACUCCCGUCUUCGUUCACGCUGGACCUUUCGCCAACAUCGCGCACGGUAACUCUUCCAUCCUGGCUGAUAGGGUCGCCUUGAAGCUGGCUGGCACUGAGGAAGGCGAUUCCGCCGACCGUGUCGGGUAUGUCCUGACAGAAGGUGGUUUCGGAGCCGACAUGGGUCUGGAGAAGUUCUGCAACAUCAAGUGUCGGACGAGUGGUUUGAUCCCGGACGCGGUCAUCAUUGUUGCCACAACCCGUGCCCUGAAGAUGCACGGCGGUGCACCUGACGUAACUCCUGGCAAGCCGCUUCAUGAGACGUACACCAAGGAGAACCUCGGAACGCUCGAGGAAGGUUGCAAGAACCUUGUCAAGCACAUCCAGAACUCGCGCAAGUUUGGCUUGAAGGUCAUCGUCGCUAUCAACCAAUUCUCGUCUGAUACACCUGCCGAGCUUGAGCUUGUUCGUCAGCAGUCGCUAGCCGGAGGUGCCGACGCUGCUGUCGUGAGCAACCACUGGGCGGAGGGUGGUGCUGGUGCGCGUGCGUUGGCGGAGGCUGUCAUUGCCACCUGCGAAGGACAGUCUGACUUCAAGUUCCUGUACGACCUCAAUCUCCCGAUCGCGGACAAGAUUCUGGCGAUCUGUAAGGAGAUCUACGGCGCGGACGGCAUCGACCUCAGCGAGACUGCGCAAAAGCAGAUCGAGACCUACACUCGCCAAGGCUUUGGCAACCUCUCCAUCUGUAUGGCUAAGACCCAGUACUCGUUCUCACACGAUUCGAAGCUGAAGAAUGUUGCUUCUGGCUUCACCGUGCCCAUUCGUGAGGUCAGGUUGUCGGCUGGCGCUGGCUUCCUCUACCCGCUGUGUGGUGACAUGCAGACAAUGCCAGGUCUCGGGACGCGUCCAGGCUUCUGGGAAGUUGGGCUUGAUCCUCAGAACGGCAGGGUUGUCGGUCUCUUCUAG